GUGGCCACCAAGAGUCACUCAAAUAACGCAAUAGUAGAAGCGCUCGAUACAUCUAAUCAUAAGCGCUUUAAAUUCUGGGAGGCAUGGGGGGAUCGCAGAGUGUCGAGAUUCCUGGUGGAGGGUCCGAGGGUUAUCAUAUCCUCAGAGUUCAAGAGAACUCGCCAGGACACCGGGCGGGACUGGAACCCUUCUUUGACUUCAUUGUUUCUAUUAAUAGCACAAGAUUGAACAAAGAUAAUGAUACACUGAAAGACCUGUUGAAGGUCAAUGUGGAGAAGCCAGUAACGAUGCUGGUGUACAGCAGCAAGACCCUGGACCUGAGGGAGACCACCAUCACCCCCAGCAACAUGUGGGGGGGGCAGGGGCUCCUGGGAGUCAGCAUCCGCUUCUGCAGCUUCGAGGGAGCCAAUGAAAAUGUCUGGCACGUUCUUGAAGUGGAGCCCAACUCCCCAGCCGCCUUGGCUGGCCUUAGGCCACACACGGAUUAUAUUAUUGGAGCUGACACAGUAAUGAAUGAGUCAGAGGACCUCUUCUCGCUCAUUGAAAACCAUGAGGGAAAAGGUCUGAAACUCUAUGUGUACAAUACUGACACAGACAACUGUCGUGAGGUAGUAAUAACCCCGAACAGCGUGUGGGGAGGAGAAGGCAGCCUGGGCUGUGGCAUUGGCUACGGCUACCUGCACAGGAUACCAACCCAACCAUUUGAGAAGGGGAAGAAGAUCAGUUUCCCAGGCCAAUUUCCCAGCGAACCCGCUAGCCCUCUGAAGGAUGGAUUUACAGAGGUGCAGCUCUCUGCCGUCACCCCCCCGCCCGCCGUGCCAUCUGCUCCCAUGGAGCUGGAGAAGGACCUGUCUCGCCUGACAGUCAGCACGGCCACGCCCACCAUCCCCAGUGCUCUUCACACAGGUGUCCCGACUGUACCGCUCUUACCAACGCAAGUCGCCGCCUCACUGAGUGCAGGACCUGCAGUCAGCUCUGCCAACACGAUACCUGGAUUAAUGUCGUUACCAGGAGGCCUUCCUCCCUAUAACCCCUUGCCAAAUCCAAAUAUCACUUUAUCCGACCUGAGUGGAGUGUCAUUACCGUCUCUGCGUGGAAUUUCCAGAUUUCCGCCAUCUACCACAGGUUUACCCCCACUUGGCUCUUUGCCCCCCUUGAACCUACCCGGCAUGCCCCCUCUGCCUAUUCCCCCCGUCCCCCCUGCUCAGCUCCGUCAGCUGGUUCCUGGUUUGACGCUCCCCCCAUCAGACCUCAUUCAGCCAGUCAGCUCGAGUAUGGGGGUAGCGCCCGCCGGCCUGACUCCUGCCCUCUUCCUUGAUGCAGCGUCUCCUCCCAAACUCACCAACCAGGACUUGGUCACAGCCACGAUGGUUACAACGGAAACCAUAUCAUCAGAUACACUAUUUACCUCGGAGUCUUCAUAAUGACACGGUCCCAUUCUCGUCUGGCUGUUUCUACCAUAUUUAUUUGAGCAGGGGACGUCUGCACGAGCCCACAUCAUUGUAGAGUAUAUGGCACUUCAUGCAUGUUACAUAGGGAUGAGAACCGCAAAGAGGUAAAGAACGGGAUAGUAACAUGCACGUACAUCAAGAUUUUGCAGCCAAUUACUGUUCAGCUUCAAUCCCACUCUUGUGCCCAGUGAUUCCUUAUUUGAUAUCCAGCAUUGUUACGAGUUGUAGAUUCGAGGAACUUUUCUUCCACUCACAAUGACUUGUUGGUUUGGUUUUCUUUAUUAUGCCGAAUUAUCAUGUUCAAUUUGAUUUUUGUUUUGUUUAAACUUUUCUGUCCAAGCUGUUGAUUUUUAGCAUGAAUGCAGGUAUGUGUAUUUUGUUUAUUGUCCUGAGGGGACCUAGAUUUUUAUUCGUUUUUCUUUUUAGCUAAGCUUAUUACGUCGCCCCUAUACGUAACUACGGUGCAAUUUGUUGAAAACGAAUUUGGAUGUAAUUAGUGCUGCAUUAAGGUGAGACGGUUAACAAAAAACUUGUUGUAUCACUAACGAACCAGGGGAUGGCGCCUUUGACCACAUGGGAAAAGAUUCCUCUUCACAUAUUCUUGCAAUAAAUGUAAGACAUUUUACAAUAA